AUUUUAAAAGUGCAACUAUUUCAGAUAACCUCUAUUUGCAUGUGGUAAGAAGAACAUUGGUAGCAUUCACGUGCAAUUUUUAGAUUUGAAUAAAAUAAAGGUGUGUAUUCUUAAUUAAAUAAAAUUCUGGAUCAUAAUCUUAAGAUGGGAGAGGAAAAGCCAAUUAAAGGAGGUGAUGAGCUCUCCAAAAAGGCUCUUAAAAAACAACAAAAAGAAGCGGAUAAAGCAGCAAAGAAAGCUGAACGCAAAGCUCAAAGUCAAGCACAACAAGACGUGAAUCAAGAAGAAGAUGUAUCAGUUGGAAACUAUGGAGAAACAGGAUUAAUACAGAGUAGAGACAAGCAUGCAGAGAGAAAAUUUACAGAUAUUAAAGAUUUACAUCCCAAUUUGGAAAACCAGUGUGUAUGGUUAAGAGGACGUUUACAUACCAGUCGUGCUAAAGGUAAACAGUGUUUUAUUGUUUUAAGACAACAAUCUUAUACAGUACAAGGCUUGGCUGUGGUUAAUGAAAAAGUCAGCAAACAAAUGAUUAAGUUUAUAUCCAAUAUAACCAAAGAAUCCAUUGUUGAUGUAGAGGCAGUUGUAAAACGUGUUCCUUCUAAAAUUGAAUCAUGUACACAAAAUGAUGUAGAGGUUCACAUUGAAAAAGCUUUUGUAGUAAGUGCUGCAAAACCACAAUUACCUUUACAAAUUGAGGAUGCUUCAAGACCUGUAGGAGAAGCUGAUGACAAUGCUCUAAACAUAAAAGUAAAUCAAGAUACUAGAUUGGACAAUAGAGUUUUGGAUUUAAGAACUCCAGCUAAUCAGGCUAUAUAUAGAGUGGAAGCUGCUGUUUGUAAAUUAUUUAGAGAUAUACUUACAAAUAAAGGUUUUGUUGAAAUUCAUACACCAAAAAUUAUAUCUGCUGCAAGUGAAGGUGGAGCAAAUGUAUUUACAGUGUCAUAUUUUAAAGGAAACGCUUAUUUAGCGCAGUCUCCUCAACUUUAUAAACAAAUGGCAAUAGCAGCUGAUUUUGACAAGGUUUUUACUGUAGGAGCAGUUUUUAGAGCUGAAGAUUCUAAUACGCACAGACAUUUGACGGAAUUCGUUGGUCUCGAUUUAGAAAUGGCAUUUAAAUACCAUUAUCAUGAAGUGGUCGAUACUAUCGGACAAAUGUUUACAGAAAUGUUUAAGGGUCUUCGUGACAAUUACGCAGCUGAAAUUGAGGCUGUACGUCAGCAAUAUAAUGUAGAGCCGUUUAAGUUUCUGGAUCCGCCUUUGAAAUUAGAAUUUAAUGAUGCGAUUGAAUUAUUGGCGGAAGCUGGCGUAACUUUAGGUGAAGAAGACGAUUUAUCUACGCCCGAUGAAAAAUUAUUGGGUAAACUUGUUAAGGCAAAAUACGAUACGGACUUUUAUAUUUUGGAUAAAUACCCGCUAGCUGUAAGACCAUUUUAUACCAUGCCAGAUCCAAAUAAUCCUAAAGUAUCAAAUUCUUACGACAUGUUUAUGCGCGGUGAAGAAAUUAUUUCUGGUGCACAACGUAUCCAUGAUCCUGAACUUCUUACAGAACGUGCAAAACAUCAUGGAAUUGACAUAGAAAAGAUAAGAUCAUAUAUUGAUGCAUUUAAAUAUGGCUGUCCUCCUCAUGCUGGUGGUGGAAUUGGAAUGGAACGUGUUGUUAUGUUAUAUCUUGGUUUGGACAAUAUCAGAAAAGUUUCCAUGUUCCCUCGCGAUCCUAAACGUCUUACGCCAUAA